CAUGUGACAGAUCGCUGAAUCUUGUUUUUUGAUUUAGGCUAAUAUUGUUUCCAUUAUCCAUAUUAUCAAUGAUAUUAUAAAUGAAAACGUGUAAAUUAUUAUUUAGAUUGUAGAUACGUUUUUAGUACGUAGUAUAUUUAUUACUCUGUGCUACGCAUCAAACUCAAAUCUCAAAUCUCAAUUGACAAUAUCGCAGUCCACAGGACACUGAGCGAAACUGUAAAUUCUUUAUGAAAUCUCUGAAAAAUAAAUAAGAAAUAAGAAUAAUUACCUUAAUUAAUAAAAACAACAAAAUAUAGCAAGCAUUAAUUAAAUAACUGCUCUUAACUUUAAAUCAAUAUAAUAAAAAGCGAUGGGAAAAGAAAAAUCGAAAUCAAAGAAAAAACGAAGAUCUUCAUCAGACGAUAGUUCUAGCUGCUCUGAUUCAAGCCAAGAAAAGAAGAAGCUACGUAAAUUAAAAAAGAAAUUAAAAAAAGAAAAGAAGAAAACCGAGAGGGCUCUUAAGAAAAAGUUAAAAGAGGAAAUAAAGAAAUUAAAAAAGACACGAAGCUCAAGCGGCAGUCUCGAUGAUGUUGUAAAAGAUGAUUCUACUACCGAUAUACCGAUAGAACUUAUGGAGAAAUCAAAAGCUAUGGCACCAAUGACCAAAGAGGAAUGGGAAAAGAGGCAAAGUGUUGUAAGGAGAGUUCUAGAUGAGGAGACUGGGAGAUACAGAUUAAUAAAAGGAGAUGGGGAGGUGCUUGAAGAGAUUGUAUCACGAGAUAGACAUAAACAAAUCAACAGAGAAGCCACCAUAGCUGAUGGAAAUUUUUUCCAGUCCCAAACUGUUGAAAAACAUCGAUUUAAAUAAUGUUUUGCAGCAAAUUGGUAAUACAUUGGUUUUAUUAUUAAUUUUUGUCUGUCUUGGUGGGUAUCCUAUAGGAAGUCGGUUCUUUUAUGGCAAGUAGAGAAGUCUAAAAGGCUUUUAUUAAACUUUUGGGUGAGUUGUUGUUAAGGCUCAUUAUUAUGCCUUUGAAAACAUGAUUUAUGUGUAGGAAAUUUUUAAAGAAUAGAAAUUUGAAAUACUGUAACACAAAUCAUAGGUUGGGGAUUAUUAUUAAUAGUAAAAUUAAUUAUUUUAAUAGAAACUAAGAGUUUAAUAUGAAAAGCAUAACAUGUUAUAUUAAUUGAAUAAACUAAUCAAAAUUAGGAUUUUCUAUUAAACAAUGACAAAAUGGUUGUCCAAGAACAGUCCAAUGUUGCCUUAUAGUAUGUUUUAAGUUUUUUUUUUUGUUGUUACCUGAUAACUCGUGAGUUUUCAACUGAUGGGCAUUUUUUGAGUUUGAUAGGAAACUGUUUUUAUUUGGUCCCAUUUUAAAAUCAGGUUGUGUGGGUUGGAUGGACCCCGUGGGAUUGAUACCUGUUUUUUUUAUUGUUAUCCAACUAUUUAAAUCUUUUAAUUGUGCAGAUAUGGCAAUUCAUUAAGUCAGAAUAUUCUAAGUUCAAAUUUAAAAAGUCCAUUGUUCUCCUUUUCCAAACUUUGUGUGCAGUUAUUUUAAUUUCAUGUGUCUAGAAAUAUUUCAUUUUGUAGUUUUAUCCACAAGCUGAGCUGUAAUAUUGUCUGGUAUGAUAUUUACAGUCAGGUCCCAAUGUGUUUUAAUUUAAUUUUGAUCCAGUACUAUUAAGUGUAGCAUUAAAAAAUAAAUUGUUGAUCGUAGUGUUAGGUGCGUCACUGCUUUUCUGUAAACAUUGAAGCACAAAGAAUUGUUUAUUCUUGAAUAAAUAAAAGAUUCUUUCAUUA